AUGAACGACGUUCAAGCAGACUUCCUCCCCGAUGACAUCGUCUGCCCAGAAGACCUGCUGGGGCUUGGGUUCGUCAUCACCAAAGAUGACAAGAUCCGGUACAUCGCCGCCCCGGACCAGGGCCCUCGCUACAAGAUCAACCGAAGUGACCGCAUGAACAAGGUCCAUAUCGAGGCCCUCCAUAAGGCGAUCCGUACCUGCAUCAUCGACCGGCUCCUAGGAAUGGGAAUGCAUUUCAUGAAAAUUCCCAAGGGUAGCUCACGACAGGCCCCCAUCAUGGUGUCGGGCAACAUCACCACUGCACGUCGAGUUGUUGUUUUCUUCGGCGAGACCAUUGAAGACCUGGGCGUCUUCUCGUACCGUGACGCUUGUGACGAUGGCAUUUCUUUCGGUUCGAUCGUGGGCUUUGCAAAGGGUCUGCUCGGUGAGAAUGCUCAGGAUUCACCCAAUGCUCUCAUCCUUGCGAACACUGGCCAGACCGUCUGGUACAAUUCAGGUUGUUCCGCCAUGACUGCCGACAGUUUCCAUGGUCAACACCGCGGCUCUGCUGUGGAACGCAAACGUCCACUGGAUGCUUCUCGUAAUUUGAUCGGCAACGGCUCCAUCGGUGAGCAUGUCGAGAAUAUCUUCCAUCAAGUCUUGAUGCGUGGUCAUUUCCGAGUCGGCGCCAUGAUCGACAUAAUUGGCAUGUCUGAGGGCGGCCAUGCUGCCAUGACUUACCUGAAGAAAAAUUGGAGUUUCUGGUCGCCCCACAUUUCCUCCCUCUCCCUGAUCAACCCUGAGACGAUUGAUAGCACGAAGAACAAGACUGAUGACGUGAAGGACCCGGAUACAUUCGCCUGGUUCAUGAAACACCGUUGUCGUGCCUGGGCCCUCUGUAGUAAGCCGAUCGGCACACUUCUGCCUGGCCUUGAAGACCUUCAUGGUUGCCACACGUACUCUUCCGGCGAAAGCACAAAGUCGACUUGCAUGAUCACUCGUGGUGUGGGACACAUCUUGACCUGGAUGAACAUUAUGCAUUACUCUCCAAUGGCGGUGGAGAAGUUUGAUGCGGUCCCUGGCGAGGACGAUCCCAGCGACGAAGCUCUUCUCGCGUCAUUGCUCGACGACGUAGUUCCGGAAAUCCCUGGCGGCAAGAUUGAAGUUCACAGCCUGGAAGUCAUGAACCAGAUUAAAGACUUCCUGACGGGUGUCACGUUCACCAAGGAAAUGGUUACCUUUUUUAAUGACAAGUUGUCGUUUGUUGACACUGAUGACAACGAAAGCGACGGUGACGGCGAGGGUUCCGCCGCUUAUACGGUUGAGAACAACGAUGCGUCUGAUGCUCUUCCUGAUGUUCCGGAAGCUUCUCCUGACACUUCUCGUGACGGUCUCCCCGUUCCUGGUGUGCUUCCGGGCACUUCUUUUGAGCCCUCUGCUAAGCCCUCUUCUAAGCCCUUUCCUAAGCUUUCUCCUGCGGCUUCUCUUGAAGCAUCUCCUGGCGUUCUUCCUAACGUUCCGGCCGAAGCUCUUUCCGUUCCGGAAACCCCGACGCACUACGACGACGUAAUUGUCGGCAAGACUGGCCCGUUCAACCUCAGUGAUCUACAAGAUAUCCGAGAGGACGAGCAAGAAGAUGAAACCCUCUAG